ACCGACUAUUGUCGGGAUCCUUUAAACUGGUACACUUCAACAGGAUUACAGGCGUUGAAUUGGUCUGUUCCAUCACAUCCAAAGUGUCAAGAAUCAAAUGCAGUCAUCUCUGUGGGCUGAUUAUGGCAGGGAUUGGAGUAUCAUUGCUUCUCAUUCGAACGGAAUUGAUCUCCUUCAGUCGACCCCUAGAGAUAUCAAAGAGUGUUCUAGACUGGGAGUCAAAGCACAACACUGAAACUAGCCCAGAGUUUUCGAUGGAUACAUUUCGAAAGCUACACACUUGGAAUGGCCAAAUUCCCCGGACAAACCUUAUAAUACUUACGUACAUGCGAAGUGGAUCGACUCUCACAGGGGGGAUGUUUGAUCAGCACCCGGAUGUAUUCUACGUUUUUGAACCGAUUCAUAGUUUGAAUUGGAUUUGGAGAUCACAUUUUAGACUUCUCAGCUAUUUUGAUCGACCAUCAAGGCGGAUAACAAGUUCAGACAGUUUUGCAGAACUAGCAAUAGACAUUGCCGAGGCGUUCCUCAGAUGUCGCCCAGACAAGAUAGACAUAGCCACGCUAAGUCAAGAUCACUUCAAAUACAGUGAAAACACAAAACCUUAUCUGAAGUGUUUAAAGGCCAAUCCGGGUGUCCUUGGAAUGUUGCAGUGCUUGUCAAUCUUACAAAACCAAUGCUCGCAGUCAAACGUGUCUGUUGUCAAAACAAUACGUUUACAAAUGGAAGCAGUGGAGACAAUGAUGAAAUCAAAUCCAUCGUUGAAAGUCGUACACUUGGUGAGAGACCCGCGGCCUACUAUCAGGUCUCAGAUGGGAGUCAAUAGAAAUUGGAACAACCUUGAUUCGUACUCCAAGAUUCACUGUUUGAGGGUUCGGAAAGACCUAGAGGUUACAAAGAGGCUGAUGAAAUCUCACCCUGACAGAACUAAACUGCUCUUGUAUGAAGAUUUAGUAGCCUAUCCAGCAAAAACAGUGAAAGAUUUGUUUUCAUUUGUGGGACUGGUAUAUACACGUGACACGGAAAGAUUCGUGCAGUCCAAAACCAACUCUUCAACUGGAGAACCCUGUCAAGUUUGCAUUCGAGAAGGAAAUUCAACAUCGAUAUCUCUUAAAUGGCGACAAGAGUUCGACUUUGAACAGACCCGUGUCAUAGACGCUAAUUGUAAACCUGUUUACCAAAUGCUUGGUUAUUUACCAGCCAAUAGUAGAAAUGAACUUGUGGAUCUGUCAAAGAGUCUAAAAAUUGAUAGAGAGUUUUAAGGAUACACGUUGUAUUAACAGUCAAUAUGUUUUGAACAAGGACGUUUUCGAUAAUGACAAGGAGGUGCCGAUAUUGCAAAGUAAUAAUACACUUUUGAAGUGUGAACAGUAUUCUGUCUUCUUUCGAUCAUUGUGUCGAAACUUCCUAAAACAAAGUUUCCAACUUCUAAAACCAUUUAGCCCGAAUCAUCACCAUAGUCACUACCCCAACACGUGGGUCAUGCACUACAAUCCCGAGCACCGAGAUCAGAGGUGCAGUGCCAUCAGCUGGUAUGGACAAGACAUACACCCCUUUGAACCCGAAGGAAGAACUGAAGUAACAUUCUUAUGCUGUUGAAAUAAUCACUCUCAAUCAAUCUGAAAUUCAUUCAGUAUGUUUUUGUGUUAUGGGUCCCUCUGUCAGAGCAUAGAUAUUAUGCUGUUUUUUAGACAAAGGACAUCAGAAGAGUCCUCGUACAGUUCAGGGGCGCAACAGUUUUAACUUGAUCUCUUUCAUUUUCUCUCCCUCAGUCUGUCACAAUGUACCGUUGUAGCGUUGACAAAUGUGUAAACAAAUAAGUGUUCUGAUGUUCAACGCAGUCAGCAGUAUUCCGGCCUGAAAUAAAUUACCACCA